GUUAUGAGCGUAAACCAGAACGAAACUGACUUGGGAAAACGUGAUGAAAUGGAAGUUUAUCACGUGUUGCGCUUGGCGCUCCAUUCAUCAUUUUGCUCCCAAACUCAGACCACAAUAUUUUAUGUUAUAUAGCAGACGCCUCUUUUCAAAUCCCUGUUGGUCAACUUCAACUCUCAUUACUCACUCUGGUAACUUUUAUGAUCUAUACUUUUCUGAUUCAUCUGAUUUUUCUUGCUUGAAUAUCUUCAAUCCAAUCUCCUACCCCUCAAAGGAAUCAUGGGUUUCUUCAAUUGGGUCUGCUUGAUCAUCGUGUUUCAUCUCUUUGCUGCAACACUCGUCUUAUCAGAUUUCUCCUUGAGUUCAGGCCAUCCAUUAUCAGCAAUUCCCAUUGAUUUUUUAGAAUUUGCCAAAAAGCCAGAGGUUUUUGAUUGGAUGAUUGAAAUUCGAAGGAAGAUUCAUGAGAACCCUGAACUGGGUUAUGAAGAAUUUAAGACCAGUGAGCUGAUAAGAGAGAAAUUGGAUAAAUUGGGCAUCUCUUAUAAAUACCCAGUUGCUGUUACUGGCGUUAUUGGCUUCAUAGGUACCGGUCGGCCUCCUUUUGUUGCAUUAAGAGCCGAUAUGGAUGCUCUUGCUAUGCAGGAAAUGGUGGAGUGGGAGCACAAAAGUAAAGUACCUGGAAAGAUGCAUGCUUGUGGACACGAUGCUCAUGUUGCUAUGCUUCUUGGUGCUGCAAAGAUCCUCAAAGAGCAAGAAAAAGAGAUAAAAGGAACUGUUGUUCUUGUUUUCCAACCAGCAGAGGAAGGAGGUGGAGGGGCUGAGAAAGUUUUAAAUGCUGGGGCUUUAGAAAAUGUUGCUGCUAUCUUUGGAUUGCAUAUCACACGUACAUUAUCUAUUGGCGAAGUGGCCUCUAGGCCUGGUCCCUUUUUGGCAGGAAGUGGCUUCUUCGAAGCAGUAAUUAGUGGAAAGGGAGGCCAUGCAGCCAUUCCCCAACAUACAAUUGACCCGAUAUUGGCUGCUUCUAAUGUUAUUGUUAGCUUGCAACAUCUUGUUUCUCGCGAAGCUGAUCCUCUGGACUCUCAGGUUGUGACGGUAGCAAAAUUUCAAGGAGGUGGUGCAUUCAAUGUUAUUCCAGAUUCAGUCACAAUUGGGGGAACCUUCCGAGCUUUUUCAAAAGAAAGUUUCAUGCAACUGAGACAGCGGAUUGAGCAGGUUAUUACUGGGCAGGCUGCCGUGCAGAGGUGCAAUGCAACAGUUAGCUUUCUUGAUAAAGAGAAAUCCUUCUUCCCUCCAACUGUUAACGAUGGUGACCUGCACAAGCAUUUUCAACAAGUAGCUGGGGAUUUGCUCGGGAUUAAUAAAGUUAAAGAAAUGCAACCAUUGAUGGGAUCUGAGGACUUCGCAUUCUAUCAAGAGAGUCUACCUGGUUACUUCUUCUUUCUUGGAAUGGAAGACACUUCAAUUGAACAGCUUGAAUCAGCACAUUCACCCCGUUUCAAAGUCAAUGAAGAUGCACUUCCUUAUGGAGCUGCACUUCAUGCGUCGUUAGCAGCUAGUUAUCUUCUAAAGUUACAGCAGAAUGUGCCUGUGGUAGAAGGUACCUGACUUGGGAUCUGUCUCCUGUAAAAAGCUGAAGAAGGUGAGAACUCAUCAUUGUAAGAAGGUGGUGAAUGGACAUAGAUUGAAUAGAGAUCUUCAUGGCCUUUGAAGAACCUUUCCCAUAUAGUUGCCAAAGGCAAGGGUCCUUUAGUCAAGAACAUGAAGGCAAUUCUAGGGACUCUGUGAUAAGGGUAGUCCUUAAUUGCUGGCACAAAAGUAGCCCUCCAAAACAACUCUGUAUCAUUCAUGCUGUGCAGUAAACUUGGAGGAGGUCUGAUCCAACUCUCCACACUGGCUUUUUCCUUGAAGCAAGGCUUGUAGCAGCUAGAGGAUUGUAUUAGAGGCAUCAUGAGGUUCUUGUUGUGAAUUCCAAAGUGACGAAUCAUGUACAUGCUCACCAUUGAAGCACAGAGUCCGAAGAUCAAGAACACUAAGAAGAACUGAAGAAGUCUCAGAGGGAAAGACCUGCUGGGUUGUGCUGUUCUGAAUGGGGUAGGAGCCUCCUUCGUCUCCUUCCCUUCCUCCAAGGCCGUCGUCACCACCCUCUGCAUGCAUGCAUGCCAGAAUCAUCUCAAAUGUUUAAUUUCGUCAAGACCUAUGUAAAAUCAGCAAAAUACGUUCUGAUAUACAUAAAUAGAUAGAUAGAUGUCAUGAUCAUAUGUUGUAUAUAUUUUGUAUGUUGUGUUUAAGGAUGAAAAAGACCUCAUGUGCAUUUCA